AUGUAUUAUUUCAUUAAAAUGAAAAUAUAUAAUUAUUUUUUUAACACACAUUUUUUCCUUUUAUUUGUUUAUUAUUCUUAUAUAUAUUGCAAUUAUAUGAUAAAGAAUAAAAAGGGUAACACAUUUGAUAUAAGAAGCAACAUAUCACUAUAUGAAGAUUCUCCAUUUAAUCCAUUGGAUGAUGAUGUUUCAAAAGAUGACAUAAUAAAAAAUGAAACAAUAAAAAAUAACUUAAUAAAUGAUGAUUUAACGGAUGAUAUUUUACCAGAUAGUAAUUUAAAAAAAAAUUUAAUAGAUGUAAAGGGCGUUAAUGAUGAACACGAGAAAAUUAAAUUAAUUUUAUAUUCAUAUAUGGAUAAAAUAGAUGGAGCACAUGAAGAUAGAUUACUGUACAAGCUUGUUAGGAAAUGUAGAGAUGAAGAAAAUUACGAAAAUAUUGGACAUUUUUAG